GUUGAGUUCACCGAGCACUUUAAUAGACACUCUUGGUGUCUUUCUUGUCGUUGGCUGAAUGCUAGACCGCUGCCUUAUUUACAGUAGUUUGACAUUUCUCAACUUGGCACAACAAAUCCCUUGGCAUUCCGGUUGCUAAUGGUGACGGAAAGCGAAAAAGUUUUGUUGGUGGUACUUCCAGCAGUAGUUACUCGCGCGAAGCUUCUUCUAAUCACAAAUUAUCAAGCCGCCUGGAAAACGACUCAUGGUAAAAUAACAUUCCAUAAGCCUUAGCACAAUGCCUCUGGAAUCCUCCGACGAUAGAAUUGAAGAGCAAAGCUUCCCUGACGUUGGUACACCGCAUAAAGCAAAGGAAAUGGACAGGCGUCACAAAAGAAACGAAGAUUUGGCCCGCUUUAUACUGUCCCGGUCUUCGCUGUACCUGCAUCGCAUCAACAAGGCAGUAUCGGAAACUGCCGCUCGGUACCGACUGCAGGAAAUUGCUCAAGCCAUUUUCGCCAGCCUACAGCAGUACCCGAUCCUGGCGUUGGCGGUAGCCAUUGCGAUAUUCACGUUCACGCUGCCGUUCUUGGUGUUUAUCUUCUUCACAAUGACCACAGCGGUGAUGGCCUUUACCGGGUUUGUCCUGAUAGAGGGCGCACUCAUAAUGGCUGCCUCGGUAAUGCUAGUAAGUUUGCUCAUUGGCGUAUUUUUAGUUAUGGCCAUCUUGGGGCUUAUGUUUUUAAUCGGGUAUUUAGGCAUAUCCCGCGCUUACGAAUGUGUAACUCGAUUUAAGGUAGAUGAUUUACGUGAAUAUUUGCGGGACCAUUAGCCCGUGGAGCAUGUUUUGCUUCUCGUUGCCCCUUGUUUGCGUAACUGGUCUGUACUUAAUUUGAUAUUUUAGCAGUAUUAUUAUGGUUGGGACAACAUAUUCUUUUUGGGUGUGAAGAGUCCAUAGACUAAGUUCUCUGAAAGAGUUACCAUUACAGAGCAAUUUGUCUCGAAUAACCUGUGCUAAUUAUGAACAACAUUCCUUAACAUUUUGUAUCUGGUUCAAAUGAACAAAAGUUGUGGGUAAAAACUAUAUGAUAGAAUGCUGCUGCAUAACGAACAAAUAAAAUGAAACGGUGAUAUAUCUUAUUGCUACAAUA